GUUCACCUUCUAAGUUUUGUGCUUUCCCUCUCUCUAGUCUUUCAGUUCAAAAAAUUUUGAAACAUACAAUUUGUUCAAAACGACCAUUCGAUUUCAACCAAACGGUCGCCGCCGCAGCAAUCACGGUCCCUUAUAGAUCUUGUUUCUCCGGUACGCUCUUCAAGUCUUGAUUUAAGCCAUGGAAGAAGACGGCCAUGAUCUCAGCUUCGACGUUGCGGCUUUAUCUCCGGCUCUGGUCUCUCUCGCCUCGUUUUCUUCUCUCCCCUCUCCCUCCCCUCGCCGGCUCUCCAUCGGCAACUUCGCCCAGUCCAGCCGUCCCUUCCCCGCCCCCGCCCCGCCUAAAAGGAUGGCCUGGGUGUCCCUCCAGGGGCGGCUCGUCAAUGCUGAAGAAGCGAGCUCGGCUAGAGCCAUCGGGGGCAACUUGAGCCGCGAAGAAGCCGCGGCUUGGGAGUUUUUCAGCCCCAUUCAGAGGUUCCUCAUUGUCGCGGUUAUCGGCGUCGCCGUUGCGGAGUCCAAGAAAAACCGAAUCAUUUGGCAGCUCACAAAAUCUGUGGAACUUAGGGAUCAGGUGCUGUCAAGCAUGCAACAGAAGCUUGAUAUUCUCUGCGAGGAGGUGAAUAAUGUUAGGGACCACUCAGGUGCUUUGGGCGAGAUGGCAGCCACCAAAAAUGCCGAAUUGCCAUGUAAUAAAGCUUUUGGCUCUGAUACGAUUAAAUUUGUUGAUUGUGGUUGUUGGCUCUGUGAUCAACAUCGUGACAUUUAUAAUGCAUUGUCGGGUUGCAUGAAAUCGUCCAGUGGGGACGGGAUGCUCCAAUAUAAAUUGGCUUUCUCGAAUGAAGCAGAACCAGAAGAACGCCGCAUGUCUGAUUUGUCAGAUUGGGCUUCAAGUGUCGCAUCUUCUGCCGAAAUUCAGAUGAACACCUUAGCUAUAGAACAGGACAUUUACAACCUCAAAAGGGACUGUGAAGAGAAGGAUGCCACCAUAAAGGAGCUAAACACGUUACUCCACUCAUCUGAUGUUGCUGGUUCCAAGAGGAUUACGGAGUUGGAAGAUAUUAUACGAAGGAAGAACAUGAUAAUUACAAAACUUAAGAAGGACAUGCUUGUCCUAGAGCAAAAGAUUGUGCACUUCACAAGGCUUCGGAGAUCCUCCUUCCCUGCCUCAGACUCGAACUCAAACUGCGGGCAACAUCCACACAUGACAGAUAAUCUUCUAUAUGACAUGGAUAGUACUAGUCCUUCAUCUUCUGAUUCAGACUGCUCCCCCGUGAACAGGCCACAUGCUCCUUUCACUAAAAUUGAUGAAGUUUUUGGAAAGAAUAGCAACUCCACUUCUAUGACAAACCAGAUGUCAGCACCAGCAAAAGCCUCAGGUUCCUUUAUGAGACGAACAGAUCAACGAUUGAAAUCUCGAUCUGUUAGUCCUCUUAAAGAAAUAUCUACAAAUUCAAAAUCCGAAACAGUUUCUUCUCCAAGGCCAAAGCAGGUACAUGUUGGAAAUUCAAGAAAGAGUAAAAUGCGAUGUCUGAGCGGAUCUAAGGAUGGAACUCCCCAUAAGAGAUGGGUUUAGAGAUAUAGAGGUGGAAGAGUUCAAAAUAUUUCUGCAAUUUGGAUAUGAGUUGUGAGACUUCCACAUAUUCCAAAAUGAUGCUUGGGCCAUGGCACGUGAUUCCUGAUCACUAAGGAAUCACACUCUUUCAUAUCAUCAAUUGGCUAUAGGUCCUAGAUCAGUCUCUUGUAAACUUUUUCUUUUCCUGUAUUUCUUUCUAAAUUAAAAUUGUAGUGCCCUUAUGCGGGCAAGAUAUAAAUUGGCUUUUUGUUUAGGGACAAUCUGACUCUCAGUGUGGUUCCUAUCAGAACAGUCCACUCGUAAUAUAGUAUUCUGAAUAUUUAAAUUA